AGUGUGUUAAAUACCUGUACUGCUACUUCAUUAUCACUCAGACUUAAUUGAGAGAGAAAAAGAGAAAGUGAAAGAGAAAGAUCUCCUGAGCAGCUAGCUAGAGAGAGAGAGAAAUGGGAAGGGGAAAAGUUGAGCUAAAGAGAAUAGAGAACAAGAUAAACAGGCAGGUGACUUUUGCUAAGAGGAGAAAUGGGCUUCUCAAGAAAGCUUAUGAACUCUCUAUUCUCUGCGAUGCUGAGGUCGCUCUCAUCAUCUUCUCCAACCGUGGUAAACUCUUCGAGUUUUGUAGCAGCUCUAGCAUGAUGAAGACCCUGGAAAAGUACCAUCACUGCAAUUAUGCUUCACUGGAGGCCAACCAAUCUAACACUCAGGACAACUACCAUGAAUAUCUGAAGUUAAAGGCUAAGGUUGAGCUCCUGCAACGAUCUCAAAGAAACCUUCUUGGGGAAGAUCUUGGUCCCUUGAGCAUAAAGGAUCUGGGGCAUCUUGAGCACCAAGUAGAGUCUUCUUUGACCCAAAUUCGAUCCACAAAGACCCAAUCUAUGAUGAAUCAGCUUGCAGAGCUCCAACAAAAGGAGCUGGCAUUGGUAGAUGCAAAUAAUCUCCUAAAAAUGAAGUUGGAGGAGAGGACAGCCGCCACUAUUCCCCAGCAACCUGCAUUGGGGUUCUUUCAGCCUGUGGGAGUGAACUCAACAACAUCCCAGUUAGGGUUUCAUCAUGUUGGGUCUGGUGAGAUAAAUGCUGAAGUCUCAUCAGCACACAACAUUAAUGGAUUCAUUCCUGGGUGGAUGCUCUGAAGAACUAUAAAUAAUAGAUGUUUGAAUAAGAACAGCAGAUAUUAACAUUGUGUAUUAUAUUUGUGUAUGUUUUGUUGUCUUUUUUGUUUUUUUUUUUUUUUACUUUUACUGCUGUAAUUAUUGCUGAGGCUAUCCCUAGUAAGUCUUCAUGAUACAAUUAAGAUGUUAUAUAUACAAGAAUAUGAUAUUUUAUGUA